AGGUUGUCCGAAUUAUAGCCUGUUUUGCAGGUCAUUAUUGUGGCGUUUUCAUGAUCAUCCACUAGACGGCGAUAUCAGCAACGUCUCUCCAACACACAGGCGUAUAUGCAGCACAAACUUCCGCAGAAGAAGCGCGGGUUGCCGUGGGGAACAAGAUUCGGUUGGAUUCCAAAUGGCUCCUUAUUCCCUACACAUGUGCCCUAUGUAGUGCUUUUCAGGUUGACAGCGCGGCACUACGCAGUGCAGUGUACAUUUGAAUGUGGAGGGAUUUGGAACGCAGCCUCUCCAUAUUUGAUUUGAGCUGAAGUUUGUGCUCGUAAUCCGUUUUGUCUGUAAUUACGAAAGACUCAUGGAGCUUCUGCCCAUCCUCGGCCCAGAAGAUAAGCCCAGAGAAAAGCAGUGGUAUGCUCUGGUGCCACGAGGUGAAGCUCCUGGACCCAGCGUCGGUCACACCUGCACAUUCAUGCCUUCAGCCAGUGGCGGAAAAGGACAGAUCGUGAUUGUCGGGGGGGCCAAUCCGAGCGGCAGCUUUUCACAUUGCUCCCUUAUAAAUCUCGACAGCCAUGAAUGGGACAUUCCUGAUUCCUGGGAAGGACUCCAGGCGAGAUAUGAACACUGUAGCUUUGUGUCUGAGCGCGACCCUGAGAGUCUGUGGGUGUUCGGAGGAGCUGAACAGAGCGCUAACCGGAACUGCGUUCAGGUUUUACACACCGCAGACAGAGCUCCGUGGAGGACAGUGGAGGUGAAAGGGACACGCCCGAGCCCGAGGACGUACCACACUAACUCGGCAUGUGUUGGAGACAGACUGUUCGUCUUCUCCGGUGGAGAGACAGGGGCCACGCCAGUGACCGACCCCCAGGUGCACGUCUUUAACGCAGUAACCUGCACGUGGUCACAGCCAGAGAGCGAAGGAAAGCCUCCUUCGCCGCGGCACGGUCACACGAUCGUAGCCGUCGGAUCCGUCAUCUACGUCCACGGAGGGAUGGCAGGAGAGAAGUUCCACUCUGAUAUGUUCUCUCUGGAUACAGAGAGUAUGAAGUGGGAGCGGGUGAAGGCUAAAGGAGACGUUCCUCCAGGAACAGCAGCUCACUCCGCUGUGGCUCUGGGGAGAAACGUUUAUAUUUUUGGAGGGAUGACGGCCGACGGAGCGAGCAAUUCCAUGUACAGGUUUCAGAGCGACAAACAACGCUGGACCCUGCUGAAAUUCGAAGGUGACCUUCCGCAGAACCGACUGGACCACUCCACGUGUGUCGUGCCUUGGCCCGAAAGGUCCGACACCGGCGUCGAGGACAAAGCAGAAAGCCGUGAGAGGGAAACGAAGCAUCUGUGCUUUGUGUUCGGAGGCAUGGAUACUCACGGGCUCAUUUUCAACGACUGUCUCGUCACCUUGUUAACGUGAUGCUCUUUAACUUCUUUUAAUUUGAUAAUAAAACACAAAACUCUUGGCUCAACCCACGUGUGUAAACGAGUGUGAAGUGA